AUGUCGACGACGCGCGUCGGCGACGCCGCCGCCGCCGCCGCGCCCGAGCCCGCGUCGUCCGGGCUCGACGGCGACCGCGGCGGCGAGCGAAGGACGUGGGGCGACGCGAAGCCGAAGAAGAAGAGCGGAGGAGGGAUGUUCUCGUUCCUGAAGACGACGACGAAGAAGAAGAAGAGCGCGAGCGGGCGAUCGACUUCGACGACCACGACCACGACGACGACCACGAUGCCGCCGCCGUCGCCGCGCCGCGGCGACGACGCCGACGCCGACGCCGACGCCGACGCGACCGCCGCGAAGACGUCGGCGGCGCGGCCCCCGCCGUCGCCCAUCGCGCGGUCCGUCGCGAGCGACUCCGCGGCGAGCCGCGCGUCGUCGGGAUCGGAGCGGUGGGGGGGGCGACAACAACAUCAUCAGGUGCGUUCUAUACACUGGUCCCCAUACGACCGCGUUGGCGUGGUGAACGCCGAUCCUUAA